UACAAAGGAGUUUAUAGGCUGUAAGAACUCAACAGAGAUGCAGAGGGAUAUUUUGGGGAGAUAUAAAAAGUUACCUCCUAAAUAUUUCUUUAUAAUGUGAAGCCCAUGGGCCCAGCUGCUCUAACCAAAGUAUCACUUCUUAAGCUGUCCAUUUAGCAACUGGGCUGUGGACAAAAAGAUCAUCUUCAAAUUCUUUGCUACUCCAGUGAUGCCCAGCUUGUACUCCUACAAGUUAAAGCUGCCAGAAUGCCUGAGAAAAACCCUCCUCCUUGAGGAUUAAUUCAUCAUGUUUAGAACUGUAGAAACCUGAUCAUUCCUAUAUUUUUGGAAGGUUGCAGUGCUGCAUGCUACAUCACUGUUUUGCUGAAUAUCUUCUUUUAUUUGUUCGAUUGCAUCAGAAAAUAGUGUUUCAAUUAUUCCUGAGAACAUCCUAACUUCUCCAUUCCUGAGAAGAAUGUUGAUUUGGGGGAAUCCUUCCCAUUUUUCUCUGCACUCUGGACAUUGAUUCUUCUCAGAGGAGGUAACAAGAGGUAUAUUUUAAGCGAGAUUUUCCCUGAUUGUCGGAGAGCCCAGUAAGCACGUCUUGGGAACAGAAUGAGCUAGGUGAGGAGAAACAAACUGGUCUGACACUCAAUAGUAGUGCAUUUUUUUAUGUCUGGAUUGCAGUGCAGUGGCCAGGGCAGGGAAGAGGAGGCUGAGUCUGUCUGUCUGCUUGUUUGGAAAACAGGCAAAGCCCAGAGGGGCUCUGCCUGCAUCCAGGCACACUCUUCAACACUUCUGUCAUUUCUCUCAGGGCUGAAAAAACUGAGAGAGGCGUGGGCUGGGGGGGCGGGUCGGGGCUUGACUCAUCCCUUAUACACCUGGGGAGACACAGGGCAGGGUGGUUGCCUUUGAGGAGAAGCAACAGGAGGAUGGUGCUGCUGCAGGGCGAUGGGGACUGGGUGGCUGGGGACCGGGAACAGGAUGAGAAACAGGACCAGGAUGAGAAACAGGACCGGGACCCAAACCCAGACCCAGUGGUGGCUGCUUCAGCCCUGUGGCCCCGCCGCUGCUUCACCUGGGAGGAGAUCGCACAGCGUUCAGGUCGGGGUCCGCCACCCCAGGACCGGUGGUUGGUGAUCGACAGGAAGGUGUACGACAUCAGCCACUUCUACAGGAGGCAUCCCGGGGGUGCCCGGCUCCUCAGCAGCCAUGCCGGGCAGGAUGUCACGGAUGCAUUUGUAGCAUUCCAUGUUGACAAGCUGCUGGUGAACAAGUACUUGAAGCCACUGCUGAUCGGGGAGCUGGCACCAGAUCAACCCAGUAUUGAGCCCACUAAAAACAAAAUGCUCGUAAAAGACUUCCGUGAAUUGCGUGCCAGUGUUGAGAAAAUGGGACUUCUGAAGCCAAAUAAACUCUUCUUCUUCUUGCACCUUGCUCACAUCCUCCUGUUGGAUACUGCUGCUUGGCUCGUUCUCUUCUACUUUGGAACAUCCUUAAUGCCCUUUAUUGUCUCUCUGGUGAUGCUGACCAUUUCUCAGGUCCAGGCUUCAUGGCUACAACAUGAUUUAGGACAUCUCUCAGUCUUCAAGAAGACAAAGUGGAACCACUUGCUGCAUAAGUUUGUCAUGUGCCACUUGAUUGGAGCAUCAGCCAAAUGGUGGACUCUUUUGCAUUCUCGACACCAUGCCAAACCCAACUGCUUCCAGAAAGAUCCUGAUAUUGAUAUGCACCCGUUCUUGUUUACUUUGGGGAAGAAAUUCUCUGUGGAGCUUGGAAUCAAAAAGAAAAAAUACAUGCCAUAUAAUCACCAGCACAAAUACUUCUUCAUUACUCUUCCUCCGCUCCUGUUUCCCACCUACUUCCACUGCCACACAUUUUAUAUUGCAUACACAAAGAGGUAUUGGGCGGACUUGGCCUGGAUGCUGACUUUCUAUAUCAGAUUCUUUUUUACCUAUGGAUCGUUAUUAGAAAUAAAGAGCCUCCUGGCAUAUUACUUUAUAUUCAGGAUGCUGGAGAGCAGCUGGUUUGUCUGGGUUUCACAGAUGAACCAUAUCCCAAUGGAUAUUUACUACGACAAGAAUUUGGACUGGGUGUCUACCCAGCUCCAGGCAACAUGUAAUGUUGAGCAGUCCCUGUUCAACGACUGGUUUACUGGGCAUCUGAACUUUCAGAUUGAACAUCACCUAUUCCCCACAAUGCCAAGGCACAACUACUGGAAGGUGGCUCCUCUUGUGAAGUCUUUGUGUGCCAAGCAUGGCAUUGAGUACCAGUGUAAGCCGUUGCUCACCGCCUUUGCAGACAUUGUGCACUCUUUGAAGAAUUCAGGAGAGCUCUGGCUUGAUGCCUACCUACACAAAUAGGAAGACAAAGUUUGAUGGUGCCACAUAUAGACUACUGUGUCUUUGUAUCCCCAGUAAGCUUAGGAGCAGGGACAACGAGGGACUCUAAGGAAGAAUAAAAUGGAUAAGAACUGAAGGAAAUUAUUCCAGUCGAUGUGAAGUUAUCUGAAUAUUUCUUUUGUUCUUUCCUGAUAUUUUGGUUCAGAUAUGUUAAAAGUGAAUAAGGCCAGCAGGAGCUGAAUGGUUAGGUCAGGGAUAAAGUUUUUGUUAACAGUGUCUGAGUAAACAAGGCCAAGAAGCAGUUCUGAGCUUGUGUUCAGGUCAGAUCUAUGGACUGGUGUAGCUGCACACACAAAUUCAUGCCAGUCUCCUGAUACAAUGUUUCCUUACUUGAAGUCAUUUGAAAUUGCACAGGAUUUUGAAUUAGCACGGUGUCCCAACAAUGCACUUACAUAAUAAUAAACUACAAAUUACACUUGGAGUAUAGCAGUUGUAAUAUGGAGUUGAGCAACAACAUCAGUGUUGCUCCUAUUAUUGCUCUGUAGAGUAUUCUCUUUGCCACAACAGGUGUUCCCAGUUGCCAGGAAAAAAUACAGUUCAAGCUCAUUUCUUUUUUCAAAAUUUUUUUAUUUCCUUUUUUAGCCUCCUGCUUAGGUACUCUUUGGAGCAUUCCUCACAUGUGUGUUUCUUUGAUCCGUUAUAUUUUACGAAUCUGAUCCAAGCUCUUCGAUCAGUAAAAUGGCUAACUUUAUUUUGUAUUUCUUUUUGAAGGAUUUUGGGGGAAUUAUAGCAAAGGGGGCAUUAGUAAGUAGUAAGCACAGUGAAAGUCAGCUGCUAAUAUAAAAUAUUCAGAUUGGUUUAGUGUUCUCUGUCCAUGAGCUAUAUUUAUGGUUAUUAGCCAGAAAGAUAAAAAUAACAGUAUUAUUAUCCAGUAGUGUGUAUGAGUAAUAAAGUAAGAAGUAAUGCAACUGAAUUCCUGGAACUAGAACUUGCAAGUAAAUGUGUAUUAGUGCUAAUAAUUUUCUAGUAAGAAAUAAUCCUAGUUUCAUUAAGGGAAAAAAGUUUGCAUUCUCUUCUGUUUAAUGAAGGCAGAACCAGAACAGAUUCUAGACGCUGGUAUGCAGCCAUACCAGCUUCCCUCUUGAUGGAAAUGCUGUGAUAUUGGCAUUGUUAGCGCCCAGUACACUUCAAAUAUAUUUUCACACUAGUACAAAAUGAACUAUGCAUUUCAACAUUAAUCAUCUUGGAAGUGUGUGUGGGGGGUGGAUAUGUUACAUGCAUCUACAUGUAUGCUUCUGGAAAAAUACCAUCUUCAGUUCUGCUCCUGAGAAGUCAGCUGAGAAUUUCUUGUAAGAGGUAAGAAUUGGAAACAUGCCCUGUAAGUCCUCAAAAUGGUACUGGUUUGAGAAAUCUAAGUGAGCCUUCAUUUGAGGGUGGUAAUGAUGGUACAAAUAUAACAAAGGUAUGGGCUAAUUGAAAA